ACCGACCAGAGUCCUUGCGGUACUGUGAUUUCGCCGACGGGUUAGUGUGAAAUCAGCAUCCAUCGUCGACGACGAAAGCAAGGAUGGCCGCCUCUGUGGAUCAAAAGAAGGUAGAUGAGAAGCACAUCAAGGAGAUCCGAGACUUCCAAAAGACCUCCACGGCCAACCGCCGCUGUUUUGACUGCAAUGAAAUGGGCCCACAAUACAUUUGCCUUGACUUCAACACGUUUAUCUGCACGGCAUGCAGUGGCCUCCACCGCGAAUUCUCCCACCGCAUCAAGUCCAUUUCCAUGUCAACGUUCACGGACACGGAGGUGAAAAACAUUGUCAAGUUUGGCGGCAACGAGGCCGCGCAUAAGUUUUGGCUCGCGCGCUUCGACGUCAAUUCGCAACCGAGUUCCAACUUGAACUCCCGCGAUCGCAUCCGCAACUUCAUUCGCGACGUCUACGUCGAUCGACGAUGGGUAUUCGAAGAACCCAAGCCCAAGGCCGAACCUGUGAAGGCCGAGGUCAAGAAACCGAGCCCGCUUUUAGCGACUGCCGCCGCCCCCAUCGACUUUAAUCCGUUCCAGAUCGCUCCACCCGCGUCGGCGACUCCUUCGCCAGCGGUCGCCUUUGGAGACUUUUCAUCUUUCGACAAGCAACAACAACCAGCUGCCUCGGCGGUGGAUUUCGCCGACUUUUCCGCUUUCGACGCCCACCAAGCAUCAUCCGCUCAAGCAGUUGGCUUUGCAGACUUUGACUCGUUCAACUCGAGCUCGUCCAUCGAUUUCUUCACGUCGCCCACAGCAGCAGCAGCAGCCGCGGCGUCGUUGUCUUCUCGAUCGGCGCCGCCUGCCUUCGAGCCCUUUGGAGAGCCAUUGCAGGCCACGCCAAGCGUCGAUCCGUUCUUCGCCGCCCCAUUUGGUUCCCCGCCGCCAGCUAUGCACAAACCAGUUGCAUCAGAUAAUAUAUUUGCCGACUUUGACGCAGCUACGACUAUACACGACCCAUUCCAGGCAUUUACGUCGCCGUCCCCAUCAUCCUCUGCUUCGUUCCCCUCGUCAUCUGUACAGCCAGCUACAGCCUCGACAACAUCCAAAGCUCCCCCACUAGACGACCCGUUUGCUUCGUUCGAAGCGCCGAUUCAACCAAAGCCAAGCAAUAAACCCACCGACAACUCGACCAACCUGGACCCGUUCAACGCGUUCGACACACUCACCCCCCUCACGUCACUUCAACCCCCCACGACGACCCCCGCUCUUGCGCUGGAUCUGUGGGGCCAGCCGCCGCCGCCGUCGUCGUCCAAGUCGCAGCCACAUGGUCAUGCUCUUGGUGGCAUCUACCAUGGCUUAAAACCACCCACGACCCCCUUUGACUCGACAAACUACUCGACGAAUCAAGGCAGCAGCAACCCUGCGUUUUCUAGCAACGUGUCGUCGUUUGUAAACAAGGAACAGAAAGCGCUGGCGGUGGACCCAUUUGCAUCGCUGGACAUUGGCAUCAAGCGCAGCAGCGCCGCCACGACCACCCAUGCGACACCGUUCCACGGACAGCCGACGUCUUCGUUUAGCCACCACUUUCAGUCCAACUCGACGGGGGUACCUGUGAACCAACAGCAUACGAAUCCGUACUACUCGACCAACCAACCAACUGUGGCAUACCAUCCAAACAACAUUGUCGUGGCCCCAGUAACUCAAAAACCAGCGUCGAGCAACCCAUUCGAUAUGUUUUAACACGAACAAUGCACAAUCAUCUAUCUUUGUCGCGUGGAGUCGUUUUGUUUGAACGGCGGAAACCGUACAGCUUGAUGGUGGCGGUCGUGAUGGGAUUCGUGGCAGGGUUGCGAGGGUACAACUGAGUAAAGACCAAACGCAGGGGGACAUGGAACGUGGAACCGAUGGUCGAGAAUGCAUAGAACAGAGACAGGAGCUUUCGCAUUAGCUAACGGCCACGGAUGGUGUCGACGCGAACAGGUCACCGUCACGAAAGGAUGGGGAUUUUGUCAUGGCAUGGAUGUUCCAUGCAAUGUCCAUGUCUGUUUUCGAAGGAGUCGAUGAUGGUUUUGACAACGUCGAGACUUCGUCUUCAGGAAUGGCGUACAGAGGGAACCGCCGUGGGGCCAGGCGAAGCGUCCUGUCGUUGAGGCUGAUGUUGGCCGGUCGACUGCGACGAUAGGAGCGGCGUUGUUUCGCGGGUUGCGCACUCGCAGACAGGCGACACGGUCGACUGGUGCGUGCUUUGACCAGCCUUGCGCUUCUGGUAUGGGUGCUGCUGGUGGUGGUCAAUGCAGCAAGGCCGACGACCAUGAUUCCCGCGGCGAUGGCAAGCGGGCCGAAGCGUUCGAGCAUGUUAGUUGUAGUGAGCGAAUUGGUAACUGAACGAAAUAAGCUGGACG